UGAAUUUCACAUAGUCUCGAUAGAAUUUUAAUUUUUACUUAGCUAUGACGGUUGUGUAUCAGAGAGUUGCAACGACGACGAUGAUUUUUCUUAACAUUUUCGCCAAGUAAAGAUUAGUUAGAGUUGAUCUUUAAAAGUUAAGUGAGUUUCGUCUAAUUCGUGUGAAAGUUUGAUCUAUGAUAAAUCCAAUCGGAUAAACUCUGAUAGCCGUUCCGUCGCUCUAUUCUUCGAAGAGAGGAGAGAAAAGGAUGACAGAUUGUAGAACAACGAAACUGGAGGAAGAGCAAAAAUAGUAUCCGCCGAAAGACUGACUACGUCGAUAUGGCAUUGAGACAAUAUCGCGUUGGGCAGGGGUAGCAAGAGGAUAAAAGUUAGGCGGCGCCGGCGCAGUAGCAUGUUUAUUGAUUUUGGAAGUAAAGCUGCCCCAUACAGCCCCGACAUCGAUUCGACCGCGAAGGAGAACCGAGAACCGAGAACCGAGAACCGAGCACCGGUUUGACAGGUUCGAUAUAAUCGGAGAGUCCAGUCCGCGGAGGCUCGACGGUGAACCCAAAGGAGUGGAACGGGUGAACGGGUGGUCUGUCGCGGUGCGCGAAUGUAACGGGGGGUGCGCGUUCCAUCCAUCCGGUGGCUGGGAAAAUACGAACCGUCGGACGAAGGCGAGCUCGUAGCUCGUAACAAUCAUGCAGAACUAUGGACACGAGGAUUACGACUACGGUAUGUCGAACGACGGCCAACCACCGUCGGGCAGAACCCUCCCCCAGAUGCCAUCCGCCAGGCCGCUGGUGGACCCGCAGGCCGAGGGUGAGGUCGAUCCCACCAUGUACCCCCAGCCGAAGGAGGCCACGCACAAGAUUCGCGGUAAGAGCGACAUCCUGGAGUACCUCUUCGGCACCGUUGACCAAGAGCUCCUCACCGUGAAGACCUUCUACUUUUUCUUCUACUCGGCCUUCGGUUCCCUCUUCCCGCUUAUGGGGGUAUACUUCAAGCAGAUGGGCAUGAACGCGGCUCAGUGCGGCCUUCUCAUCGGUCUGAGGCCGUUCAUCGAGUUCCUGAGCGCUCCCUUCUGGGGCUCUUUGGCCGACAGAUGGCAAAAGGGUAAACUUAUUCUAUUGGCUUCCCUUUCUUGCUGGAUCAUCUUCACUCUGCCAUUGGGUUUCAUUCAGCCUCCGCCCACCUCUUGCAUGGGCAAAAAUGAAUCGAACGACAGAAUAUCGACGUAUCUGGUGGCAUCUAACAGGGAGCUGAGAAUUGUAAAAAGAUCGACCAAACUGGAGGAGCUAUAUUACCCCGAGAAUAAAGAAGAAUAUCUGGAGGUCGCGUCCAAUGUUGUCUUCGAAAGAUUACGACGAAGUACGGACGAUAACGAGAUAUUUGAUUAUAUGAAGAAACCAAAACCAAAAGAAUUUAGUACAUUCGGAUCUUACGACAUUGAGAGGAAUGAUGUUACAGAUUUCGAUAACAUCGCAUACGACUUGAGAAACAACAGAGUCAGGAGACAAACAUCCGUCACGGAUAAGGGCGAUGUCGGAGAACUUAAAUACAAGUUGUUAUCCGAAAGCGACGAUGCGGAUGCGAGAGGGAUCGACCUGGAAGCGUUGCAGGAGAAAAAUCGUCCAGCCGACGUGUUGGAGUAUAAACGCUUCAUGAAGAAUGAACCGGUAACCGAUCAAACAGUCCCGAAGAAGGCUUACGUUCGUCCCAAAACGCGCGUGAAGCCACCACCGGAAAAGAUAAUGGUAAAACGAGACACGGAGAAGAAGCAAACGUUCUCGUACGAGGAUGAUAUGAUCAAAAUUAAUGACAGUGAGGAGGAAAACGAAAGAAAUAUGGAUAUGCCAUUGGUGAGGAGUCGCAGGAGCACAAGACUGUUUCAGAGUCCUUUCGACUCAGAUCGGUUAUCACCUAUGCCAGUUAAAACCGCCAUGAAUUAUAACGAGAAAGAGCACUCGGAUUGGGUGAAGCCACUUUUCAGUUCUAUAGUCUACAGAUUAGGGGAUAUUCAAAAAACAUUCUUCCUCUUGCUAUUAUUGGUAGUAGUCGGUGAAUUUUUUUCGGCGCCUGCCAUAACAUUAGCCGAUUCAGCCGUUAUUACUUUACUCGGUGAAGACGCCGAUAGAUAUGGUCAUCAACGCAUGUUUGGAAGUCUCGGAUGGGGCUUGGCUAUGUUCUUCGUUGGAAUCGCUCUCGAUCACAGUACCGCGUUUCCGGAUCAUCCUUGUAAACCUGACGAGAGAGAGAAAAAUUACACAAUUUGUUUCGCAAUAUUCAGCGUUUUGAUGGGCGCCGCGUUGAUAACAGCGACGCAAAUUAAUUUCAAAUAUGAUGUUGCUCCCGCUGAGCCGGAGGUGGUGAAACCUCCGACUGAGCCAACGCGGGAAGAGCAACUUCAAAGUCAGUUAUCCCAGCAGCUUAAUCUGCCUGGGCUUCAGGAUUCUUCCGCUCCCGAUCCUAAGCCUCCUCCACCUCCCGAGGGGAAGACCAAAAUGUUCGCUCAAACGAUGAAAGAAAUACCGGAAUGGGUGACGGUGCUGAAGCAAUUCAAGAAUGUAAAAUGCGCGUCGUUUCUCUUCGUCGCAUGGUUUAUGGGAUUUGGCAUUGGAUUGAUUUUCACCUUUCUAUUUUGGCACCUUCAGGAUUAUGGCGGCUCGCCGACUCUCUUCGGCGUUGCAUCCGUAAUCAAUCAUAUUUCUGAGAUCUUCGCGUAUUUCUUCAGCUUCAAACUUAUCCGACAAAUGGGGCAUGUUAAGGUGCUGUGUCUGGGUCUAGGCGGAAAUGUUCUCCGAUUCCUCUACAUAUCUUGGCUAAAAAAUCCAUGGUGGGUGUUGCCCUUCGAAUUCAUUCAGGGUAUUACGCAUGCGGCAGUAUGGGCGGCAUGCUGCAGUUAUAUCGCUCACAAUACACCGCCGCAAUUGCGUUCGAGUGCGCAAGGUGUUCUUCAAGGACUUCAUCAUGGACUUGGAAGAGGUUGCGGUGCAGUAAUCGGUGGCAUGUUCGUUGCAGCUUAUGGUACGACCAAUGUUUUCCGAACGUACGGUCUUAUCUGCAUUAUCGUCCUGGCGGUCUUCGUGUUCAUCAAUUUCUACAGAAAAGAUACCGGCUUUGUAUCCGAAUUACCGCAGACGGAAGAUCCGCAUCAAGUAGCCGAGGCUACCCAUUUGGCACCACACGGUGUACCAAGCAACGCUAUACCGCGAGCUCUUAGCUCCACUCGCUUGCAUGAACUGGCUAAUCAGGAUGCAGGCUACGGGGCGACUUAUCAGACUGCUGGUGGAAAUCUCGCGGUACCCGGUGCUAACGGAGGCCCAGGCAAUCCAACGAAUCCAUUUUUGAAUGGCGGAGGUGGCGGCGAAGGUGGAUAUAAUUACGGUAUGACUGGCAAAGGAGAGGACGAGUAUAUUCGUAGGAGCUUCCAGAUCUACAGUGAAGUGGUGGGUAGGGAAUUCGAUGUCGUAAAACCGACUAUCCAACUACACGCCCAACAACCAUGCACCAAUCCCUUUCAUCAACACGACUACGACUGGUAACGACUCUCGAUCUGUCGCGCGAUCGUCCGCCGAUUUCCCCCCACGACUACGACGUACUGAAAUGUGAACGCUUGAGAAGACAUUACUGAACAAAUAGUAAUGUAAAUAUAAAUACAGAUAGAUAUGUGCGUAUAUAGGAGUCCCCACGUGCAAAGCACAUACAAUACGUUCGUAAGAUUAAUGAACUUUACAACACUCUCCACAAAUAAUUGUAUUUAAACUUGAGAACUCAUUAACUUGGAGUCAAUUUUCCUCCAGUACGUAGGUUGUUCGUUAUAAGAAUUUCAAUAUUUUAACGAUCGAAUAUUAAUGGCGAUCUUUUUAAUCGUUAACGUUGCGGGCUGCAAAAAAAUUGUCUUCGAAUUUGACCAAAGGAUAUUAUCGUUCAGAAUUGAUGCGCUUUCCUGAAUAUGUAUGUGCAGGUGUUGCAUGUGGAGACGCAAUACGCAUACGUGCAUGCGUGUGUGCGCGCAUGUGGAUAUGUGGUGAUCGCCUUUACGCCGACGUCGUACGGUAUAUAUCGAAAUGUACGAUGUGAUAAAUUAUCUCCAAACGAGUGGAAGAGAAAAAGUGAACCAAAACGCUCUUCUAAUGCCCUUCCCCUCUCCCCUCCCAUUUCCAGUCUGCAAAUUUUAUGACAGCCUUAUCGCCGUCUCUCCCUCCUGCCCUUUUAACUUGUUUAUCCUACAAUCCUGUUUUUUCUCAGUAUAUUGUUUGCUGCUUCCUACUGACUCUCUGUAAACGGAUGUUCACGAGUCUAGGGUAUCAGGGAAUUAGUGGUAAGACUAAUUCAAUUAAUCGAAAGUGCCUAUCGAAAGUUUCCUGAUGCCCUGUGCAUUACUUCUGUUUUUGCCUCUGAUGUUUUUAUUCUUUUACCUUCCCGUACGUAUAAUUAAGAAGGAAAAGUAAUCCAGAGUCUCGAACAAAUCGAGUCGAAUUUAUUAGACGUUUUGGAUGUAAGAUCACGCUGAGAGUCGCUAAGCGACUUUCUAUUAUUCGCGCGAAUAUUUAUUUCUUAAAUAACCCCUCCCAGAAUAUCGUUCCAUAUAUAAUAAUAAUUCUAAAAAUGCUCUAUAUGAGAAAUGUUAUAAAUAGACGUUUUAGUGCGUUGUUAAUUUUGUUAGAUCUCUAUUACGUUUGAGUCCUUGAAAUUAGCGAUUUUUUUUUAAUUCAUCAAUUGUUUAGUCGCAUUAUACGCAAAUGCAAUAGAGCCAAAUUGCAUUUACGCUUGAUGGGAUCAAUUGAUGAAUUAAAAAAGCUUGCUUUUUCUUAGAACUGGAUAAUUGAUUCUUGUUUAGGCUGCAUUUUUUAAUGACGUUUGUACGAAAAACAGAAGCGAGUCAAAGUAUCUUUACAAAAUAAUUAUAUACAUUUAUAUUACGUUGUAAUUGUUUACCAUAAUUGUUUUAUCAUGAAAUAGAUUUAUAAAUACCAGUUAUAGAUUUAUAAAUUAUGUUUCAUAAAAAAACAUUCAAGUAGCAAUUGGUGUAUGCACCACAAGAUAGCUAUAUCGCACUCACUUUUGAAAAAGUCAUUCAAGUGCACCUAAAACGGUGAUAGUCGUUAAGAAAAUGUAACACACGAUUUAACGAAUCGUAAGAUUUCAUCUAGACGAAUCGCAUCUAAAUCGGCAGACAAGAGAGAGAAAGAGAUAGAAAGAAAAACCAAAUAGAAAAUUAAUAUAUAAAAACCUGGGAGGCCUGUAAGGUUUGAUAUAAGUAUUGUAAUAGAAUCCAUCGAUCUCAUCGGUAAUUUAAAAAAGAAUGUGUACGAAUUAAAUUAAAGAAACAGUCUGUGUCACUUGUAAAUACUCUACACGUUCCUAGAUAUAGACUCUACUGUUCACACUUGUUUUCCGUUUUCAAACAGAUUGUUGAUCGUUAUUUAUUAUUCACGUUAUGACUAUCCACAUUAACUUCUUAGGAUCUAUUAAAUGAACUCUAUUAAAUACUUUUAUUGUAUGUAUAUGUUGUGACAAUUGUAUAAUACUGUUGAAGAAGGGAAACGAAAAAAUUAGUAGUAAAAAAAAAAAUAUAUAUAUAUAUAUAUACAUAUAAAAAGAUUGUAGCAGCACGAUUUUAUCGGAAAUAUUCCAAACGAGAAUCGCCUUUUUUCUCACGCGCGCUUCUACCAGAAAAUUCGCUCCCACUCGAGACACAAGACAAAUAGAAAUAUGCAAUGUAUCUCUACUCCUUUAAUUUAAAUAUUGUGAGAAUAACUUUGCGAAAGAAUUAUAUACGUAUAUUGUGUACGCAGUAUUUCAUAAACCGUACGUUAACCGAUGAUAAGGUUCCAAUUAACAAAAAGUCAUUGACAAUUUUACAACGAUCAUUUCUGAUCUUUGAACCUUGCCAUUCUAUUGAGGGAUGAUUUGUCUCCUUUUUGACGGAUAAAGUAUGAUUUAUGAAAUACCGUAGAAAUGUAUAAUGCCAUAAGUGACAUUUCUUGUAUCGGUCACAAACACACACAUCGAUGUUUUGUGGAUAACCAGAUUAUACAAAGACUGAAAUAAUAAACUGUCUUACGCACGUAGAGACCGAUUCAUGAUGGCACUUUGGACACGCGUGUCUACGUAUUUGUAUUAUAAAUUAUAUAUAGUCCCAACUACAUAUAUAUAAUGUAAUGUACGACAUUGUAAGGUGAAUAUCCGAUUGUGUACCUAUCGUGUAUUAUGUAUGUUCGCAGGGACGUUACGCUAAUUAGAUUCAUAUCAUGAAGAUAAAAUCGAAGUACAGGUAUCCCUAAACUUACAACUAACACGACUAAAUUUUAGAUCUUAUGAUCGGCAUGUUAUUAAUUUAAAAAAAUUAGUAAAUUGUAACGAAGCUAAUGAAGCAUUCAUUAAUCAUUAAUCUAAAAUAUUAAUAUUAAUUUUAUAAUAUUAAGAGUUAUCUUAAAAAUGUUGAUUUUCAAUAUUGUUUUUCAAUCACUUGUUGAAGUUAAUCUAUGUUUAAGUUAAAUAUUAAUUUUUUAAUACCAAAUAUAUUAAGAAUUAUAAUCUUUGAAAAAAGUUUUGUUAUUUCUUAAACAGAGGUUUAUACAAUCGUUCUUAAUAAUAAAGUUAUUAUCUUGCAUAAAUAUUUUAUUUGUAUAAAAUAUAAGCUAUAUUCGAUUUGCGAUUAAUUUCUGAUCGAAAUUUCGGGACGUAACCGCAUCAUAAAUAAGGGGAUACUUGUAUUAAUCUGCUCUUAUACUUCUGGAUAUCUUAUGGGGUUGCUAGAUUAUAUUACGCAUGUUAAAACGAUCCUUCACGACGUAUUGAUUUCAUAUGUUUAAAACACGUUACGUUGUUGAUAGUUGAAUCAUGUUAGUAUCUCGAUUAGACUUUUGACUGGAUCAAUUUCCGUUGGAAUAGACCGUAACUUAUAUUAAGUUGCGAUGUAACAUAAUUUCGCGAGCGAUCUCUUUGAAUACAUCGGAUUGUUGUAGGUAUUUAGAUGUGUAUUUGUUAAGUACGCUUCAAACUUAACAUUUUUUUCGAAGAUCGAAGUAUAUCAAUUUUUACCCUACUUCAUCCAAAGAUAUAAAACGAUGCUGCCAUCACGGCGACGUAAAUCAUAAUAUACAUAGCGCACUAAACUAGAUCUUCAACACACCUCUAACCGAACUUAGUUUAAUGUCAUCGUAGGAAUCGUACACCGUGUGUAUAAGAGAAACAGAAAUAUGUAUAAAAAAAACCUGUAAGUAUUGUAUUGUAUAUCACGACAUCUAUAUAUCAUCGUGUUCCUGAGACAAAAUAUGCUGGGCCUUUUCUUGACAAGGUAAACAAAAAAAAGACAAAUUUUCGAAAAAAUGGUGCACGCAAGAAAAAUGCGUUAAGAUUUAUAUGUAUAACGACAUAUCAUGAAACAUCGUGCGAUAGACUUAGUGUAGCAAUCAUGUGUUUAUGAUUAAGAACAAUUUCACUUGCACUUAAAA